GAGGGGUCCAUGUUCUUAUCACGUGCCGCUGCUGCCCAUAAACAAAUACUCCAUUAGUACUAUACUAUAUACUCCUUUUUUUCUUCCGAUUUUAUCCGAUUUGGUUCCAACUUUUGUGCCCCUUCUCGAACUUGCCAAGGAAAAGGUAAACUUCAACUUGAAAAAAGAGGCAAUAGCGGUACCAUUUCAAAGUUUCUUGUAAUCCUUUUCCAACUUCUGGGCUCUUGCUUUGAAUCAUAUUCAGUUUUUUAGCAGUUGAAAACAAAAGCUACUUUUUUAAGAAUGUGUUAACAUUAUACUACUAGUUUAUCACUGCUAAAAUCCUUCAUUAUUUAUAUUUUAUUGCUCUGAUUCGUGAAUGUUGGUGGGAAUUUGCCACUGUCGGUCUUCAGUUAAUUAAAGUACUUCGAAGUUGAAAAAAAACAAAAAAACAACAACACAAGUUGUGUGUAUAAUAAUGUGCAAAGGUAUAGGAUGAGUAUUGGUGUUAAUUCUCGUGGGCUCAAUUAGGUGUGAAUGGUGAUUUGAUAAAAAAAAUUGUCGUUAACUCAUGUGAUAUUGGUGCCCCACACACUCUUUGUUGCACUACUAUUACUACUACAGCAAUUCUGUGUUUCUUCUUUCCCCCUUGAGCUUUUCAUUUUACAAAUUCUUAUCUGCAAUGGUAAUGUGAGAGAUCUGCGAAUAUAUAUUCUGCAAUUUACAAUUUUGCCCUUGUUUAUCUGAUUUCUUGCUUAUUUUGUGGGGGCAAGCAGUGAGUGAGUGAUAAAUUGUGGGUAUGAUUAAACUGUUGGAAGGUUUAGUGCUCCACAUGGAAUUGGGCAAAAGUUGGGUGCAUUUGAUUUGUUUGGGGUUUUUAGGUACCAUUUAGAUGUUUUCGUGUAACAUUAGCUCAAGGAAGGUUUGUUUGGCUUUUUUUCCUUUUCCUCUAAGCACGUAUUAUCUUUGGUAUUUGCUUUAGUUGAGAUCUGCACCUAAGUUUUCCUUCGUUUCAGCAAUAGUUUCAUUGAAAAUCAAUGGAUCUUAGCUGUGGGAAUUGUUGGAGAAAUCCAAAGAAGGAUUCUUGGAAGGCCACUCUGCUACUAGCUUACCAGAGUCUCGGUGUAGUGUACGGGGACCUUAGCAUUUCUCCCCUCUACGUAUACAAGAGCACAUUUGCGGAAGACAUUCAUCACUCGGAAACGAAUGAGGAGAUAUUUGGGGUUCUUUCUUUCGUCUUCUGGACAUUAACCCUCGUCCCGUUGUUCAAAUAUGUUUUCAUAGUGCUUCGAGCUGAUGACAAUGGAGAAGGUGGUACUUUUGCUUUGUAUUCCUUGAUAUGCAGGCACGCGAAAGUUAGCCUUCUCCCCAACCAACAAGUUGCCGAUGAAGCUCUCUCCACGUAUAAACUCGAGCCACCUCCAACAACCAAGAACAGUUCAAGGGUGAAAACGGUGCUCGAGAAUCACAAGUCCUUGCACGUUGCUUUACUAAUUCUGGUUCUACUAGGAACUUGUAUGGUCAUUGGGGAUGGUCUGCUAACUCCAGCAAUAUCUGUUUUUUCUGCUGUUUCUGGUCUUGAAUUAUCGAUGUCUAAGGAUCACCACCAAUAUGCAAUGGUACCGAUUACUUGCUUCAUAUUAGUGUGCCUAUUUGCUCUGCAACACUACGGCACCCACCGAAUCGGCUUCUUCUUUGCACCAAUAGUCCUCACUUGGUUGUUAUGCAUAAGUGCACUUGGCCUGUAUAAUAUUUUCCACUGGAAUCGACACGUGUAUCAAGCACUUUCCCCGUCUUAUAUGAUAAAAUUUCUGAAGAAGACUAGAAAAGGAGGGUGGAUGUCUUUGGGUGGAAUACUUUUGUGCAUAACAGGUUCUGAAGCAAUGUUUGCUGAUCUCGGCCAUUUCUCAUACGCAGCAAUUCAGAUAGCAUUCACCUUUUUGGUUUAUCCGGCUCUAAUAUUGGCCUACAUGGGACAAGCAGCUUACCUAUCGAAGCACCAUCAUACAAUUCAUAAAAUUGGCUUUUAUGUCUCAGUUCCAGAAAGUGUAAGGUGGCCAGUGCUUAUCGUGGCAAUACUAGCUUCGGUUGUGGGGAGUCAGGCGAUCAUCAGCGGAACUUUCUCUAUCAUCAACCAGAGCCAAUCGCUGGGUUGUUUUCCGAGGGUGAAGGUCGUUCACACCUCGGAGAAGAUACACGGCCAGAUAUACAUACCCGAGAUCAACUGGCUGCUGAUGAUCCUCUGCAUUGCAGUAACCAUUGGAUUCAGAGACAUAAAACACAUGGGAAACGCAUCAGGAUUGGCGGUGAUGGCCGUGAUGCUGGUAACCACCUGCCUCACGUCGUUAGUAAUCAUCCUUUGCUGGCACAAACCUCCACUCGUGGCCUUGUGUUUUCUGCUUUUCUUCGGAUCCGUGGAGUUGCUCUACUUCUCUGCUUCCCUUAUCAAAUUCCUCGAAGGUGCGUGGCUCCCCAUCCUGCUCGCGCUCUUCCUCGUCACCGUCAUGUUCGUGUGGCACUACACCACGGUGAAGAAGUACGAAUACGACCUCCACAACAAGGUCUCGUUAGAAUGGCUACUAGCCUUGGGCCCGAGCUUGGGCAUUGCUCGUGUCCCGGGCGUCGGCCUUGUGUUCACCGACCUCACUUCCGGUAUUCCCGCCAAUUUUUCGCGUUUCGUAACCAACCUCCCGGCCUUCCACCGCGUCCUCGUCUUUGUGUGCAUAAAAUCGGUGCCGGUGCCGUUCGUGCCCCCGGCCGAGCGGUAUCUGGUGGGCCGCGUGGGCCCCGCAGCUCACCGCUCGUACAGGUGCAUUGUCCGCUACGGGUACAGGGACGUCCACCAGGACGUGGACUCGUUCGAGUCCGAGCUCGUGAGCAGGCUGUCGGACUUCAUCCGGUACGACUGGUACAAGGCGCACGGCGUCAUCGCAGACGUCCGCAGCGACGAGGGUGACAGCUCAGGCGCUUCGACGGGGGAGUGUCGGCUGGCGGUGAUCGGCACGGUCUCAUUAUCCGGCGUGCCGGCUUUCGAAAUCGAGGACAGCAUGGAACCGGCGAGCGUGUCGGUGGGUUUUCGGACGGUGGACAGCGUGAGCGAUAUAGUUGAGAUGGAGGCGAUGGGAGUGUCGAGGAGAAGGGUGGGAUUGGCAGUGGAUGAGGAGGAGACGAGGUCGGAGAUGGAGGUGCAGCUGCAGGAGGAGCUGCGGGAUCUGUAUGAAGCGCAACAAGCAGGGAUAGCCUUCAUUUUGGGGCAUUCACACGUGCGGGCAAAGCAAGGAUCGUCGGUGUGGAAGAGAUUGGCCAUCAAUUUGGGGUAUAAUUUCCUGCGGAGAAAUUGUAGAGGAGCAGACGUGUCUCUCAAGGUACCUCCAGCGUCGCUUCUUGAGGUUGGCAUGGUUUAUAUUGUGUAACACUUUCCACCUAUACAUUACUCACUCGUUGUAUUCUAUCCAUGCUCUCUUUCUCUACUAGAUUUUUUUGUUUGAUUCCA